CGUUAUCGUUUUAUCGCCCAGCCCUACUUUCAACGCCUUGUCGCUCGUCGCGGCCUUGCUCCAACUAGCAGCUGGUUGAUAACUGUUGUAGGCCCGUAUGAGGAGCGACAUGGUCUGCGCACCUGCGUGCCUCGUUCCCGAAGUCCUGGUGGAAGGAACCACAGCAAUCUUUGGCCGCUGGGCCGGUCAGCUCUUGCGGCUGACAUCUCGACUCUACCGACCAAAUGUGCACUGAUAAACGCAAGGUCGGUAAUGAACAAAACUUUCAUCCUUAAGGACUUCUUCAUCACACAAGCUGUGGAUGCACUGUUUUUUAACAGAAACAUGGAUUCCCGUGGGUGAGUCAGAUGCCUUCACAGACCUCUUACCCUCUGACUGUACUUUUUUAAAUUCCCCAAGGACCACUGGACGUGGAGGAAGAAUAGCGACUGUCUUAAAGAGCAGCUUACAUUGUAAGCUUUUGGCACCGUCUGUUUUUUCAUCAUUUGAAUUGAGCUCGUUUGUCUUAGGCCGAUUGGAUCCUGUACUAUGUGCAGUGAUAUAUCGCCCGCCGAAAUACAACAAACAUUUCAUAAAAGAGUUCUCUGAUUUCUUGGCCAGUAUUAUGACCGACUAUGACAGAGUUUUAAUUGUUGGUGAUUUUAAUGUACAUGUUUGCUGUCCCUCUAAACCACUAACUAAAGAUUUUUUUAGAUAUGAUUGAUAUUUUUAACUUUUUUCAACAUGUCAGUGGAACAACACAGGAACAGGGGCACACGUUAGAUCUUGUGUUAUCCUAUGGUUUGCCCAUUUUAAAUAUCCAGACACAGGAUGCUGUAUUUUCCGAUCACAUGCCGGUUUUAUUUGAUUUUACUUUGUCUUGUCUUAAAUCUGAAAAAAUUGCCCCUGCACACCUAGGCUGUGUGUUUAAGCCGACCACUGCGGCUCAGUGGGUUUUUCAUAACUCAUUUCAGUCUGAUACUGGUCUCGUAACUGACACAGAUAAAUUAACUUCUUCCUUUCUUUCUACAUGUGCUAGCACUCUUGAUAUUGUUUCUCCUCUAAAAGUUUUGCAACCAAAACCUAAAUCUGAGCCAUGGUUUAAUGACACUACCCGUGCAGCUAGGAGAGAGUGCAGGAGAGCAGAGCGUCGGUGGAAGAAAGACAAGCUUCAUGUAUUUUAUGAAAUUUUAAAGGAAAGCUGGAGAACAUAUCAAAAAAUAGUGAAAGCUGAAAAAACUAGAUAUCUAAAAGAACAAAUUGUCCAAAAUUUAAACAAACCACGUGCCCUUUUUAAAAAUAUUGAUUCAAUUUUAAAUUCACCCCAAUCCUCUUGUUUGGAAGCCUCUUCUGAAGUCUGUGAGAAUUUUUUACAUUAUUUUUUGGACAAGAUUGCUUGUUUUUUUGCACAAUUGCAAUCCUCUUUAGAUACAAAUGGUAUUUUAGAUAUUUUUCAGUCUGGUUUUAAAGCUUUUCAUAGUACUGAGACUGCACUUUUAAGAGUUUUUAAUGAUCUUUUAUUAACUACAGAUCGUGGGGACGCUUUUAUUCUUGUGCUUUUAGACCUUACUGCUGCUUUUACAAUUGAUCAUGCCAUUCUUAUCUCUCGCCUAGAGCAUUGAGUAGGCAUCCAUGAUACUGCCCUGCAGUGGUUCAAAUCAUAUUUAUCUGACCGAUUCUUUUCUGGAAAACUUGGUGACUCUACAUCAUCUAUAGCUCCCCUUCUAUGUAGAGUCCCUAUAGGCUCAGUUCUUGGACCACUACUGUUCUCCUUGUACCUUCUCCCUCUUGGAAAUAUUUUUAAAAAACAUGGUAUUUCCUAUCAUAUUUAUGCGGAUGACUCGCAAAUUUACAUACCACUGAGAAAAGAUGCAAAUGGUUUCCUGACUCCUUUACUUGAAUGUCUCAAGGAUAUUAAAACCUGGAUGUCUUUUAAUUUUUUGAAUUUAAACAAAGAAAAAACUGAUGUCAUUGUGUUUGGACCCAGCCGGGUUUGUGACUCCACUCCCGUAAACCUUGGUUCCCUACAGCAAUAUGUAAAGAUAGUUGUUACCAAUUUAGGCAUUAAAAUUGACAGUGAUGUUAAGCUUGACAAGCAGAUAAACAUGGUGGUUAAAUCCAGUUUUUAUCACCUGAGGCUUUUAGCUAAAAUUAAACCUGUGUUAUCUUUUAAAAUUUUUGAACAAGUGAUUCAUGCUUUUAUUUCGACCCGUUUGGACUACUGCACUUUACAUUGGCGUGAACCAAACUUCCCUUUCACGCCUACAGUUAGUCCAAAAUGCAGCUGCUCGUCUGCUAACAGGAACACGGAAACAUGAACACAUCACUCCAAUUUUGGCCUCACUCCAUUGGCUCCCUGUAUAUUUUAGAAUACAUUUCAAGAUUUUAUUGUUUGUUUUUAAGUCACUAAAUGGGUUGGCACCUCAGUACAUUUCUGAGCUCUUGCACAUUUAUACCCCGUCAAGGUCAUUGAGGUCUGGGGAUCAGCUGCGGCUGAACGUGCCCAAGACCAGACUGAAGACCAGAGGCGACCGCUCUUUUUCAGCAGUUGCUCCCAAACUGUGGAAUGAUUUACCACGACACAUUAAAGGCAUGUGUGUGAAGACUGUCUCAGAGCCAGGCAAGCAGAAGGUCUUUGUCAACAUCUGUCAGUCAAACUCUGUCCCGUUGCCACCUGAACUCUCCAGAGAGGAGCUGGUGGAGCUGCUCCAGUCAGAAGAUCCAAGCGGCUUCAGAGUUCCCAUGAGCCUCGGCGAGCCACACGCAGAAGUAGACAACAACUCUCAGGGUUGCACAGCAUAUGAUGUGGUCAUCAACCAGGAGUUCUUCCAGAAGUGCCAGAUGGAUCCCUUGUUCCAGCAGUUUGUUAUCCUGGUGUCUUUAGAGGGUUUGGAGAACAAAUACAAUCUGGAGCUAAGUAGAGACUGGAAGGUGCUGAAGAACAGAAAGUUCUUGGGUUCUGUUAGCGAGCAAAACAUCCGGACGAAGAGCAGGCCAGUGAUUCAAGAGCUGCAGCCUCAGGAGAGCUCCACUGUUAUAGCCAAAAGACCACAGUUCACCUUGCUUGUAGAGCCCCCAGCUGGUGAUCCAGAGUACCUCAUUGCAGAAAUAAAUCUACCCGGAGUGCCGUCGUCCCGCUCUCUGGUUCUGGACGUCGGAGAGGACCGCCUGGUGGUGACGGCUCGGCCCUCACUCUUCCAUCUGGACAUCUUCCAUCCCUUCAUCAUCCACCAGGAGAACAGUGUGGCCCAGUACAACAACAGCACUCAGAUUCUUACAGUCACUAUGCCCGUGGUGUCUUCAUGAAACUGCGUAAAUAACGUCCAGUUAUUUAUGUUUUGUUCCAAAAUGUCGCUGUCAUAAUUAAAGUGUGUUUAUUUUAUAAAAUCA